AUGGAUGAGUCUUCCAGCGAUGAGGACGGCUCACCUGAACUUCCUAUUGAGAUAGUAGUCUAUAUCCUAAGCCUGCUCAGCGCUUCAGACCGAAAAGAAGCAUCGCUCGUGUGUCGCAGGUGGUACUAUGCCAGCCAGGACUCACACUUCCAGAAGAAGAUGCUUUUCUCCUUCCCGGCUUCAGCUUCGUCCUUGGAGCUGAUCCGAGGUCUGAGCAGAAAGCACCGCUGCAACCUGGUCAUCAGUCAGUUAGACGGGUCUGGCAUGUGUCGAACUCUGCUUUUUGAGGUGGGACAGUCUCUGGGCUCGAAGGUGGAGAGCUUGGCCCUGCCCGGGAGCAGCAUCACUGAGGCCACUCUGCUGAUGCUGCUGCCUCAGCUCACGGCACUGCGCAAACUGGACCUCAGGGGCCUCGAUAGCCUUUUCAUGUCUGGAGCCUUUCUCUCUCGGGAGGAACACAGACAUCAGGUGCGGGCAGCUCUGUCUGGUCUCCAGGAGCUGGACCUGUCUGACAUUCGUUAUCUCUCGGACCUGACCUUUAAUCGCCUCACGGGCUGCACAACACGCCUCCGACGCCUCUCGCUGGCUGGUUGCCACAUUGCAUUUGAAUUUGAUCCGUACAAAGGAUGCCCCGUGGGAGUUGAAGACUCCUCUGCCCUAUUGUCCUUGAGGAACUUGAGGAAGCUGCUGACGGAGCAGAGGUCCACCUUGGUGGCUCUGGACCUAAGCCGGACCUCCAUCUCGCCGGAGUCACUGCGAACCAUUGCACAGGUUCCAGGUUUGGUCUUAGAGGAGCUCUGUCUUCAAGGCUGUAAAGAGUUGACAGAUUACUCCGUGGAGGUCCUGGUCAAACAUCAGCCUGGGUUACAGAUUCUGGACAUCAGCGGCUGCACAGAGCUGACGAGCAGAUCGGUGAAGGCUGUUGCACAUGGACUCAAGUUUCUGAGGCACCUGAGUCUGUCACGAGACUGGAGGAUCACAGAGAAAGGUCUCGUCGAUCUGCUCUCAGUACCUUCUCUGAGCCGUUUGGACCUCUCGGAGUGCCUGAAUAUAAGCGGCGUGGAGACAGUGAAUGGUCUAACAAGCGCCAACACAUCCAGAGCACAGCUGGAGACACUCAACCUAAAGAGCUGCACUUAUAUCAGGGAUCUUGCAGUAUUCUCUCUCCUGCAGCUCUUUGGGGAGACUCUCCGGGAGCUUGAUCUUACCUCAUGCACAAACGUUACAGACUUGUCAGUGCACGCUCUGACCACAUUCUCACCGGGGCUUAAGCUUCUGCGCCUUGGCUGGUGCAAAGAAGUGACCGACUUUGGCCUUCUGGGUGUGAUGCAAGCGGUCGAAAGUGAUCCUGACAAUGAAAUGGGUGACAAUGGUCCAAAGUUUACAAGAACCUUUGGCAACAUGGGCUUCUUCAAACCACCGCAGCUGCCUUUUGAGGAGCGGCCCAAGCUGGCAAUGCAGAAUACUCUGGAGCAUUUAAAACAUCAGCCUGGUUCUUCACUGAUGGCUCUGAGUCGACUGCAGGAGCUGGACCUGUCGGCGUGCCCCAAACUCACAGACAGCAGCAUCAUACAGGUGUUGCGGUUCCCAGACCUCCAGCGUCUGUCUCUGUCUAUGCUCCCUGAGCUCACUGAUGCCAGUCUGGUAUCGGUCGCCCUUCACUGCCGCAGUCUCACCCGCCUGGACGUCAGCCAGUGUCCACAGAUCAGUGACCACGGAGUGGCCAAAGCCGCUCCACACCUGCAGCGACUGCAGCACCUCUCCCUCUCCUGCUGUAGCAAUAUCACGGACAGGUCCAUGUCCAUAUUGGCGCAGCAUUGCAAACGUCUCAGAACGCUGGACAUCUCAAGGUGA